GCCGGCUCUGCUUUCGCCUCUGCCAAGGCUGCUGAGCCCACGUCAGGGGACGCGUCUGGAUAAAUAGGGUCCCACAAUGGCCGUGGCCCGCUGCGCUCCGAGCUGCGGGGCCGGAGACUGGAGCUUCCUGCGCGGGUCUGUGCUCUGGAGGGUAAGUGCUGUCGCUGCCGUGUCCGGGCGCCCAGGGCUGAUCGACGGCCAGAACCCCAGAACUCCCGUUCAGUGCGGACUGGAGCUCCAGCAGAAACGCUCACUUCGCUGCCCCUAGGUAAAGACAUAAGGAGAUCAGAGGGGCUUGAAGGGAAGGUCCCCAGUGGGGACCGCAGCCCAGGAGGACAGUGCGAUGCUCCUCUCCAUCCUGGUGGCGUUAUGCCUGUGGCUGCGCCUGGCUCUGGGAGUGCGCGGAGCGCCCUGCGAGGCUGUGCGCAUCCCCAUGUGUAGGCACAUGCCCUGGAACAUCACCCGGAUGCCCAACCACCUGCACCACAGCACUCAGGAGAACGCCAUCCUGGCCAUCGAGCAGUACGAGGAGCUGGUAGACGUGAACUGUAGCUCUGUGCUGCGCUUCUUCCUCUGUGCCAUGUAUGCACCCAUCUGUACCCUGGAGUUCCUGCACGAUCCCAUCAAACCCUGCAAAUCUGUGUGCCAGCGCGCACGCGACGACUGCGAGCCCCUCAUGAAGAUGUAUAACCACAGCUGGCCAGAGAGCCUGGCUUGCGAUGAGCUGCCUGUCUAUGACCGUGGAGUGUGCAUCUCUCCCGAGGCGAUAGUCACUGACCUUCCGGAAGAUGUGAAGUGGAUAGACAUCACACCAGACAUGAUGGUUCAAGAAAGGUCCUUUGAUGCUGACUGUAAACACCUGAGCCCUGAUCGGUGCAAGUGCAAAAAGGUGAAGCCAACUUUGGCAACAUACCUGAGCAAAAACUACAGCUAUGUUAUUCAUGCCAAAAUAAAAGCGGUCCAGAGGAGUGGUUGCAAUGAGGUCACAACUGUGGUCGAUGUAAAAGAGAUCUUCAAGUCUUCAUCACCUAUCCCUCGAACGCAAGUCCCCCUCAUCACCAAUUCCUCCUGCCAGUGUCCACACAUCCUGCCCCAUCAAGAUGUCCUAAUCAUGUGUUAUGAGCGGCGUUCAAGGAUGAUGCUUCUUGAAAAUUGUUUAGUUGAGAAAUGGAGAGAUCAACUAAGCAGAAGGUCCACAGAUGUCCAUCAGGUGGCAGUAUGCACUGCUGUGGCCACAACAGAAGCUGCCCAGUAGGAAAUUUCACAAAAUAUUUGACCACAUGCUACCUCCAGGGCUCUGAAGUUUCCUGCCUGAAGUACAUGAGGAUCGCCUGCAACCUGGGACAGCAAAGACACAAAGAGCUCUGGGUUCCUGCACCUGGACUUUGCAUUGACUACCUACCCUGUUGCAGAUCUCUGUAAUGCAUGGUAUUGGUUGGAGGAUGAAAGGCCUUCUGCGGUUCACUUACCCAGUGAUGCCGAGACCCAUGGCUCCAGUGUUUGCUUGCUUGCUGGAGAGUCUCAGUAUGUACCUCAGGUUAGCCUCUUUGCAGCAGAGACUUUUUGUAUACUUUCUUUCUUCAAAACUAUGCAAUAUAUUACACAUUCCAUGUGUAUAUUAUUUUAUAUACUGGUUUAUUUAGAAAUGCUUUCUUCUAUCCCACUCAAUUGCUCUUAGCUCACCAUUCUCCUGUGCACCACAUCCACAUAUUCUUUAAGCAGGAAUCGCCAAACACAUGUUCACUUUUGUGAUCACAAUUUCUAAAAACUUACCAUCAAUCAAAGUGGCUAGUGGUGACCCUUAUUGGGUGUCCUUGAAAAGCACCUACAUUCAAUUGUCUCUUAUGCCCAUGCAAUCUAAGUUUUUUAAGAGGUUUUCCACAACCCUUGAAGACAUGAGUUGCUAACUUAAAUAAUGCACUUUAUAAUGGGAAAAGUUAUUCUGAAUGUAUGCCAUUUUUGCUAUUGAGUUCUUACAAAUGCAAAGAACUUCCCAUCUUCUAAUUGUGGGAACUGAGACCCCAAACUGACAAGAAAAUAGCCCAAGUAGCAGAAUUUUUGUUUGAAAGAUUUACUGUUUUAACUCACGUGGGGGCCAGAUAUGUCUUCACUCACAUGUCAACUUCUACCUGGGAGGAGAUGCAGUUGAGGGGCACUGUAUCUUGCCUCCCCUCGGACUCAACUUCCACAGUUGUGACUUCCUGUUUUUCUUAUUGUUAUUUCCUAUUGUCAUGUGCUUCCUCUUUAGUUACGUUUUUUUAACCCCAUGUGUACAGGAGUUUUGCCUGCAUGUAUAUCUAUGCGCCAAAAGCACGAACUGCCCUCAGAAGCCAGAAUCCCAUGGAACUAGAGCUACAGAUGAUUCUUAGCAACCGUGUGGGUGCUGAAAAUCAAACCCAGGUCCUCUGGAAGAGUGGCUGUGCUCUUGACCACUAAACUGUCUCUUCACCACAUGUCCAAUCCUUCUUGGUCACACUGGGGUCUAAACAAUUCUAAUUUUGCAGACUACACGACAUCUGACCACAGAAGAAUGUUCAAAUAGAAAUGAUGUUUACUUUCUCCAUCUGUUCAUAUUGUCAUGCUCCCUCUACAUUCUCUCCUUUUUCAUCCCCUUGGGAAGCAGAAGGCAGAGGGAGCCUCUGCCCUCCUAUCAAUGGUUGUGUUGGCUUUUGUUUGAAAGACAUGUUCAGUAUGUUCAGCCACUGAAAUGGGUUAUUUUACUUGGAAGAUCAACAUUUUCUACUUAAGCUGACUAGUUCAUAUGUAGAAGAAAAUGCAUUCCUAGCACAGCAAACCUAAAAUUGAAAAAAUUCAGUUUGGUGCUCAGUAUACCCUUCCCCUUAACACAUAUAAAAUAAGAUAUAAAAUAUUUGAGAUUAUUGUAUGUUUCACAAUACCACUAUUC